UAGUUUGUGGAAUAUUAUGUGAUUUAAAAUAGAAACACUUCAUGCAGGUCUCCUUUAGAAAUGUACAUGAACAUAUGUUUCAUACAUGUAUCUCCCAUUAGUUAGUAUGAUAACAUUAAAAAUCAGAACCACAAUCUGAACUAUACUGGAUUUAGAAUAAAUAAUGUCAAUUUUGGAGAACCUUGGAUUUUUAUGUCUUGUUUUUACCGUCGCGGCCAUUUUUAUGAGUUUUGUGACGCCAUAUUGGGUAAAUGAUUAUGGUGAUACUAUCAUGAAACCGGUGCAUAAAGGUUUGUUGGCAAAUUGUGAGAAGGACAUGUGUACUUGGUUCUUUAAUGAGAGGACUAGCAGAGAGUUCCCAGCAUGGUUCAAGGCGACGCAGGGUUUGAUGUCCGUGGCGCUGGUCCUAGGCCUCAUGGCUCUGCUGGUGGCCACCAUAUCUCUGUGUUGCACGUGCCACAGAUGUAACUCCCAUCAACCCAUCUGUGGAUUUCUCAUUGUCGCAUCUGUGGCUUUAGCGGUAGGCAUCGUGAUAUUUGGGAUCAAGGCGAAGCAGGAUUGGGGUAUAGACUUGCAGGUGGAAAAAUGUCUAGAGGCCGGUUUGGUUGGUCAUUUUGGACGGCCAUAGGGGCUGCGGUCAGCGCCCUGCUGACUUCUAUCAUAUACUGUUGUAUGGAAAGAAAGAGACAAUAAAUAGAGCAUUGUGUGAGAUGAAGGUGGAAUGGAUGUAAC